GAGGAGAGCGCUGUAGGUCCAAUAUCCUUUUGGUUCGAGUUUUGUUUCGAUUGGAACAGGGUACCUAAUGAUCUGUUUGUCAUUAGUUCGUUCUUUAAAAGCAGAGAUCCCAGUGGCCACAGCAAUGCAAAAGAAGGAGACAGAUUUGAUUCAACUUGCCAAGGCGUAUUUAAACUUUUUAAAGUCUUUGUAAAUCAGUAAUACGCCAUCAUAAAGCCAUAAUGCUGUAAUGUCAGAAUGUAACGUGAGUGUGGGCUGAACGAGUGUGGUCUGGGGUUACAGUACGGUAUGUUUAACAAGCUGAGAACUCGGAUUAGUAAUUUCCAUUUCAGCAUCAGAUUUAUAAAUUUUCUUAAUCGUGGCUUCUAUCAGUGUCCCAUUUAGAAUAUGUUUCUCAUUUACUGAUUUUGUGAUGUCGAAAAUGUAUCAUGCGUGCUGCAAUGAAUACAGUCACAUUAAAUGUCUAAAUUUUUUACCAAGUAAGACGACCAAGUUGAGUUCACGAGUUGUCGCAGUUUUCGGGGGCUGCUUAAAACUUAUGAUCUGGAAAAAUUGUGAUUCAUGGGCUAUUCGUUUGGUUUUCAACUGUCUAAAACAGUAAAAUAUGUGCGGUCCGACUAGACUUGCAACCCUUAAUUUUGGCCCGCGAGCGACAAAAGGUUGCCGACCCCUGCCAUAAGGUGAGUCUUCCUCUGAGUUUGUGAUUUAUAAUAUUUUCUGCUUUUUAUAGCUGUAUAGUGUGCAUUCCAGUCUGAUAAUACACAUACUACUGUACUAUCGAUAUAAUAUUUUCAAAUGCAAAAUAACUGAAAUAAAACUAUAAUGCCUCGUUUUGAGCUGGACGAUGUUGAUAAUGUUGAUUCCAAAAGUUCACUUGUGAAUCGUGCAUCGCGUUCUUCCACUCUGCAAGAUGUUGAUGCUGUAUUUCGAGACCCAGUUAAAAAUCAUGAUUUUGAAACAUAUUUUGAAGAGAAAAUUCAUGUACCUCACUAUGCAAAAGAGGAUGAACAAAAUUGUGGCCCAAGUUUUCGCCAAUUUGACAUGCCACCGUUUAGUUGGAGAAAAUUAUGGGCAUUUACAGGCCCAGGUUUUUUAAUGAGUAUUGCAUAUUUGGAUCCAGGAAAUAUCGAAUCCGACUUGCAGUCUGGCUCAGUAGCUGGUUAUCAGUUACUGACAAUGCUUUUGUUAGCUACUGUCAUGGGUCUUAUGAUGCAGAGACUUGCAGCAAGAUUGGGUGUUGUUACUGGAAUGCAUUUAGCUGAAGUAUGUAACAAAAAAUACAAAAAGAUACCGAGGCUCAUAUUAUGGGUCAUGGUGGAAAUUGCUAUUAUUGGGUCAGACAUGCAAGAAGUCAUAGGAAGUGCGAUUGCGUUCGUACUCUUAUCUGGAGGUGCGAUUCCACUUUGGGCUGGAGUUCUUAUUACAGCUUGUGAUGCUUUUCUCUUUCUACUUGUGGAUAAGUAUGGUCUCAGGAAGUUGGAAGCACUUUUUGCUAUUCUCAUUUCCAUCAUGGCACUCACAUUUGGGUAUGAGUACAUCAAAGUAGCCCCGGACCAGAAAGAAGUUGUGCUUGGAGUAUUAUUACCAACAUGUAAAGACUGUGGCCGAAAGCAGUUACUUCAGGCAGUUGGAAUUAUUGGUGCAGUAGUUAUGCCACAUAAUAUUUAUCUUCAUUCUGCCUUGGUGAAAUCUCGUGACAUUGAUCGGUCUCAUUCCCGUUCAGUCAGAGAAGCGAAUUUUUAUUAUCUUGUUGAAGCAGCUAUUGCACUCCUUGUGUCCUUUGUUAUCAAUUUAUUUGUUGUGUCAGUUUUUGCAGAGGCGUUUCAUGGAGUUACAAAUAAAGAGAUGAAUAUGACCUGCGCUAAUACAUCUAUUCCAAACAGUCCAGGUGCCUUUCCUUAUGACAAUGUCACAGCUAAUGAAACUGUUGAUAGUGAUCUAUUCAGAGGAGGCAUCUUUUUAGGGUGUUAUUUUGGGCCUGCCGCAUAUUACAUCUGGGCCAUUGGAAUUUUAGCAGCAGGACAAAGUUCAACAAUGACAGGUACUUAUUCUGGCCAGUUUGUCAUGGAAGGUUUCUUGGAUCUCAAAUGGUCUAGAUUCAGGAGGAUUCUAUUGACAAGAUCUAUUGCAAUUGGACCAACACUUCUUCUUGCAAUCUUUACUGAUGUCUAUAGAUUAACAGGAAUGAAUGAUUUGCUAAAUGUAUUGCAAAGUCUCCAACUACCAUUUGCACUUAUCCCAAUUCUACAUUUCACCACGUCCUCUGAUUUAAUGGGUGAAUUUAAAAACUCAUGGGGUUGGUUUAUCGUAGGCAUCAUCAUUUCAAUUGUGGUUGUUGGAAUAAAUCUGUUUUUUGUUGUUGUUUACAUUGAUGAACUUCCGCAUGUUGGAUACUAUGUGCUUUGUGGGUUUCUUGCAUUAGCAUAUAUAUGUUUUGUUGGAUAUCUAGCAUGGCAUUUGAUAACAGGUUUAUUUGACGUAUGUGGUUCUAAGACUCAUCUUUAUAGAAGUGGUCAAAAGUUACAAAGUUCUGAUGAAGAGUGCUUAGCUGGAAAUAUUGACAGGUCUAAAUCGCAAACAGGGGAUUUAGAGGCAAUAAAUGCUGAUUCAGCAUGAUAAACACAUGUUCAAUAAAUUAUCACUUCGUGGAGUAUAAAUUUGCAAUAAUGGCUUCCAAGACACUGUUUCUUGUAGUUGUAUUAUUUCGUACUUCUUAUUCUUUUAGUGGUUAGUCACCUUUUUUACUCGAACAGACUUUCAUGCAUGGCGAUGAACAGUAGCUUGUUUUCGUGAUUUUGCAUGCUAUUUGUAACUUUUUUUGAUGGGAAACAUAUAACAGUAUGUGGACGCCAAUUUUAUAAACAUAUAAACCAGUAUGUAAGAGCCUGGCAAAAAAUCUCAAGAUAAACAUCGUUCUGCUAGUCGCUAGUUCGCUGUGCAAUGUUCAGUGGAUGAACAGUUAAUACCAAAUUGAUAAAUUUGCUUUUGGCAGUUUAACAUAUUGCAUCUGUAUUUAUCUGAUAGUGGUUUCAUCUGUUGACUUGUUUGUAUAAGCAUUUCAUUUUUGAUUAGAAAAUGGGGUUUAAAAAUGUGUAUUGUUUUUUUUUACACGGGAUAUAUGCAUAAAUUACACAGGUCUUUGACGAAAAGUCGAAAACCAUAACAUAAUAGUAAUAAAUAAGUGGUUAUUGAAACCACCAUUGCAUUAUUUCAAUUUUGUACUUAAUUCAAUUAUCAUUCCGACCCAGGGUACAUCAUAUGACAGCCUGUGAGUGCAUGCUUGAAAUCUUAUUUGAAAAUGGUCUACAUAAAAAUUUGUAUUUUUCCUGAAUUAUUGUCAAUAAUAUAUGUUUAUAUUAUACAUGGUACUCUAAAAUGAAAUGAUACACUUUAUGCCUCUGUAUAAAUGCCUUGUUUUACCAUUAGAAUGUUUUGUGUAUAUUCUCACAUUGUUUAUGUAUCACAGUGUGAUUUAUUUAUUUUUUCUGAUAUAUUGUGAUAUCAUUGUAUUGCUUUUUGUGAUUAGAAAUAAUUAUGAUUGAUGACAUAAUUUCUUAAUCGUUAACGAAAUUUUAAACACUGAAGUUGAGAAAAUUAAAAAAAAAUAUUGCACUUCAUUGCAGUAUCAGAUAUAUUCAUAUACUAAUUAAUGUUGACUAAAUUACAGAUUUUAAAUCUGCAACGAAAUAUAUUUAAUUUUUAUUGUAAUCAUUAAGAUUCAAAAUAUUUAUAAUUCGCACCAAAAUCAUGAUAUGUGCCAAAUUUUAUCAUUCGUAAAUUGUAAUUUUGUCUGGAAAGGGAAGUAUUCUAAAUGAAUAUGUUGACGUAAUUUGACCAUCAAAAUAAUUGAAAUCAAACUAAUUCUCAUGAAUAUCCUAUACUGGUCAAUGGUCAGUUUGUUCAAAGUAGACUAAUUCGGUAAUCAUUUCUAAAGUUGAGCUAAGAUUAUAAUUGGAUACCAUUUAACAAGCAAUUCUUGUCAAGUAAUUCUUGCUAUCAAUUUUUGCAUUUUUAUUGUAAGCCUUUUUCAUCGCGAGCUGUAAACUAAAUUCUGUGUACAUAUUUAUUAUUUUUUCGUUUGUUUAUUGGAAUCAAACUUCUUGCUCAAUUGUGUGCUCCUUAUUAUUAUAUUGUUUCACAAUCCGAGAUUAAAUGUCGCAAAGCGGCCAUAAAAGACUAGUUUCAUUCUUAUAUUUCCCAAAAUGGUAUUCCUGGGCACACUGAAGUAUAUUUAUGUUGUGUGGCAAUUUGACACAUCUCUUUAGGAAAAUUGGAUACCCAGAAAUGAGAAAUAAAUUUUUGAAAUGAUGUUUCAUAUAAACGGUUAUUAAAGACUAAGAUGUAUAUAUGAAUGACAACUGACAAGGGUUCAUUUGUCACAUGUUCUAAUUCUCGGGAUCUAGACUUGAGAAUAUUAAAUAAGUAGACAAAGUAUAGGUCUCACUUAAUUGUAAGUUUCGUGAAGCAUUGCAUUAUGAUAUAACGCUUCGAAGCCAGUUAGUUAUUCAUUGCGUUUAACAUUUCACAUGCUUAUGCUAUAUACGUUUCACUGCCUAGUUUUAUCAAUCGUAUUUCAUUGCAUAAUAAUAACCUAUACAAGGA